GAUUAUUAUCAUAAUACAAUCACACAACUAUAAACAAUUGUAAAUAACAUUCACGUAUUUAAUGACAGUGAUGAAUGUGUUCAUUUUCUUAACAAAGUCAAAAAACAAAAAGUAUUGAUGUUAGUAUCUGGUAGUGUUAGUCAACAUAUCUGACCACGUAUUCAUUAGAUGUCUCAACUUACAGCAGUCUUCAUCUUUUGUGAAAAUAAAUCAAAAUAUGAAUCAUUGAAAAAUAGUUUGGCCUAAAGUUCAAGGCAUUUUAUGUAAAUCGUUACAACAACUGAUAUAUCAAUAUGAAGAAGAUUCCAUAGGUAUUAGUUUGUUUUCGGCAAAUGAUAUAUCUGAUAUAAGUUUAGAUCAACUUGAUCAAUCAUUUAUGUAUGAACAAUUAAUUAAAGAAAUCCGUCUUGAACUUGAAUAUUAUGAUUAA